AUGUCGCCUACCAAUACCUUUUUCACAUGUGAAACUAAAAGUGAUCCACAUUUGGAGAGUUCUGGGAAGAUUUUCUUUUCUACAAUGGAAGAAGGUGGUUCUUCAACAAUGGACGAAGCUUAUGCUUCAACUAUGGAAGAAGUGGUUGUUGUACCUGACUGUUCGAAAGAUUUGAAGCCUGUGGUUGGGCAGAAGUUCAAAUCACUAGAUUUUGGUUUUGCGUUCUACGAUGUAUAUGCCCGUGCUGUUGGUUUUGAUACGCAGAAAUCACAAAUGAGGAAAACCGAUGGUGUAAUUACUUGGUAUAACGUGGAAAUACUCGGUGGUUUUCAGCUCGUUGGCUGCAAUGUUGGGGAUAUAAGGAAUGCCUCACGAGACAUCAAAGCAUACGCUCAUGGUAUUGACAUACAAAUGGUUUUUGAUGAUAUGGCUAGGAAGAAGGAGAUGUCCGAGACAUUCACAUAUGAGUACGAGGUUAAAGCUAGCAACCAGCUGGUUGCUCUGUUCUGGUGUGAUGGUUUGAUGAAUAGGAAUUACCACAUGUUCGAUGAUAUUGUGGCUUUUGACACCACCUACAACACCAAUAGGUAUUGUAUGAUCUUCGCGCCAUUCACGGAAAAGGACAAUCAUGGACAACCAGUAACUUUCGCUGCUGGUUUGACAUUUUUUCCAAUGUAUGGGGGUUGCUCUAAAGAUGAUUGUUACAGAUCAAGAUCGGCUAUUGAAGAGAUUCUAAUUGGGACUCGCCACAGAUGGUGUAUGUGGCAUAUCAUGCAUAAGUUGGCCAAUAAAGUUCCUGGUCGGUUAUUGAGGGACGAAGAUUUCAAGAAAGAGUUCAAUGCAUGUGUCUGGUCGGACCUGCUUGAACCCGACGAGUUCGAAGAAGAGUGGAAUGGAGUAGUUGAGCGUUAUGGCCUGAAAGAACACAGUUGGUUCAAGACGUUGUACGAGUAUAGGCAAUUAUGGAUACCUGCGUACUUCAGAGAUUUCCCAAUGGGCUGGAUGAUUAGGACCACCUCGAUAUCUGAGUCGGAGAAUAGCUUCUAUAAAAACUUUCUGAAGCCAUGCAACAACAUUGCCGAGUUCUACUUGAAUUUCAACCAAGUUGUGGAUUUUCAGCGGAAUAGUAGAACAAAGCUGGACUACCAAGACGCUACUGCCCUGCCUAUAUUGGCCACUACUUUGCCUUUCGAGAAACAUGCUUCUACUCUGUACACAGAUAGUAUGUUCAAGAAAAUACAAGAGGAGAUUGUUGAGGAAAAUGACAGAUGCCGCGUUUUGGGUCGGCAGGGGUAUCUGUGCUGCCAUGUCUUCUUUUUGUUCCGGAACAAUGAAGUUAAAAAGAUUCCGGAUAACUACUGUGCAAGUAGAUGGAUGAAGACUCCGCUAGCUAAGGCUAUCCAUGGACAUCUUGAUGAGACUUUACUUAUACAGUCCGUUGUUGGUGAAAGGAAAAACAUUUCAAAGCAAGAGAUCUCACUGUUCUAUGGUUUUCUUUGUCGAUUUGAGACGGACAUUGAUGUGCUUCGUGCAUUCGUAGGUGGACUGGAGGAACUUGGUAAUUCACUUCAAGCUGGAACUCCUUUAACAUCCGCCUCUGAGAAGAGGCGAAUGAUUGAACAGUUUUAUGGAAUGGAAAGGCCGGAAUUCAUUGAGGUCCACCCUCCAGAUGUGGUAAAGAUGAAGGGGCACACGAGCAGGUCCGCUAGUCGUCUGAUUUCCAAGAGAGAAAAGGCUAUCAAGGAUGCUACUAGGCCCCUUAGACGGUGUAAGGCGUGCGAUGAGUUGUACCAUCAUGACUUUAGAAAUUGUCCAAUACUUAAAAAGCUUGAAGCGGAGAAUGAGCUGCAUAAGGGAAAGAGGAAAUGUUGA